AUGAAUGAUAUGAGACUUAUAAAUGAUAUACUUCGUACCAGAGCCCGUAAUAACUAUCCGAGGACCACGGAGCAGUCGAUCAAAGAUCACGAAACGCUCCUGAAAAGGAUCGACCGCCUUGGUAUUAAACUGGACUACGUUUCGGCUUACUUGGAUAAAAUUAAUUGUUUCCACCAAACCACUAACCAUUUAUUGAGCGAGGCAACAAAAUAUGCUGCCAUAAUCAAUAUUAAAAUCGACAGACUUGCAAAGAGGAACAGACAAGCCCUACUCUGCUGGUAUACAGAGAGCUGGGACUCUGUACUUCCUUUACUGCCAAUGAACCCAUAUGACGUUGUGCAGCAAAUCAAUCAAGAAAAAAUGAUGAAAAAGGUAGCGCAUGCACCAACAUAUGAUAUCGAUGUAUCUGAUUUGAAUCAAUUGCUUAAUUAUCACUAA